GACAGUUAAAUCUAACAUUAUAACAUGGAGGUAAAUAGGGACGAACGAAAUUCGAAAGGCAAUAGCAAAAACUGUAUCUUUCUACCGUUCGUUCUACUUGUAUUAGUUGGGGGAGGUUUUUCUUUGGAGUUAAUAGGAUUUUUGAAGCUAGAUCCUUUCAACCAAAAAACGGAUACAUCAGAUCUUUGUAGAGUACUCCCCUCUAGCGAUUCUUGUACUUUUAAGUUAGAAAAUGAAGAUGGUUUCCCAAAUUCAACGAGAAGUAUGGGAGAAUAUGCUUUUGAAUUCUUUUACUAUACACAAGCAAUAUGUGUCUUCUUCCAGUUCAUCAUAGUCAUCUUUCUGCUUCCACAUAGCGUUUGUUGUUUUCACAUAUUUUUUUCUUGGUGUACAACGUGUACAGUCAGCAAAAUUUUCCUAGGAUUAUGCUUUAGUGACUGUUUCCGUUGGGUAUGGAUAUUGUUAGAAGGAUUCGUAGUAGGAGUGUUGUGCAUUAUAAGUUGUUCAGUUCUUAGAUUGUAUUUAUCACCACGUGACAUAAGACAGAUCGAUGGAUAUUUUUAUUGCAUUUCCAGUGGAAUAUUAGGAUUAAUGAAGUUUGUAGGAUAUAUUGUGUAUCUCAAGAAAGUGGGAUUAUCCUCAGAUGGUUACUUCUAUGGAUGCGACUCACGAAUUUCAGAUAUCGAUAUCGACAAGAAAGUGGGAUUACCGUAAGAUGGUUACUUCUAUGGAUGCGACUCAACAAUUUCAGAUAUCGACAAGAAAGUGGAAACAACAAAAUAUAAAAAAUUCAACCGGAUGUACUGUCGAAAAGUCACACGAGACUGUAUAUAGUAUAAGAUAUCUUUAAAACCAUUUUAUGUAAUAUGGUGUAUAGCGACCACAAAUGACAUGUUGUUACUGUAUAUAUAAAACAUUUAUUAUAAGCAAAAAGGAUACACAUAUAACAUUAAUUUAACAAAAUGACGAUUGAAAAUGACGUAAAAAAUAAUACAAAAGCAUCAUUUAGUUAAAGAAAACUAGGAUUUUGUAAACACAGUUUUUCAAGAAAUGUGUACCCUUUCACUGGUGUACGAAUUCCGGUAGAAGGAAUUACUACAAUUUGAUGUCAAAAGUCUAAGUGUACGCUUACCAUGGGAUAUUUGAUGAGGUAACUGUCGUGUGUUUACGAUACUAACACUAUAAAUAAAAUGUGGUAUUACUGCCAAUGAGAAAAGUGGACUCACCACCAGAGACGAAAUGAUUUAGAAGUUAACAACUAUCUGUCACAGUUCGGCCUUCAACAAUGACCAAAACCAACACCGUACAUUAAGUUAUAAAAGGCCCCGAAAUGAUAAAUGUAUAACAAUGCAAACAAGAAAACUAAUGGCCAGUGAAAGAAUAACAAACAUGAUAUACAGCAACAAACGACAACCACCGAAUUAUAGGCUCUUGGUUUGGGACAGGCACACACAGAAGAGUUUACCUCAUCAGAUCGAUACAAAGCACAUAAAAAUCACAAAAGACACAGAGAAGAGGACAGAUCAUAGAGUACUCGCAUUUAUUAAGGGCUAGUUCAAAACCAAUAACAAUUAACUAACAAAAAAAAAAUCGUGAAUCUAAGACUAAAAUAUCAAUCAGUUGAAAUCCAACAUCCAAUUGAUUUAGUGUAAAUACAAAAAUAAACAUGACCUUGUGCAAUACAAAAAUAUAGGUAUCGACUAAUUGUAAGACCGUGAAUGUACACAUGUUUAUAACAAUAUCUAUACCAAUAAGAAUAAACAGUCAAUAUAUACCCUCCUUUUUAGAUUUAUUCAUACAUUUUUGUAUUAUUCAAAAUUAUCAGUCAAAAUGUGUUCUACAAGGAUCACAUGUCCUUCACCCACCUUUCAUUAAAUUGGCAAAAGAUAUUUUAAAUAGUUUGAUAUUUUCACCUUUAGUAGGAACUGUUUUGUUUUGAAUAUGUACUCCUUCCUAGUAUGUUCUUUUUGACCGGGCCUGAUUUGGUGGUGUUACAUCUUACAAAGUCUACCCGACUUAUUUUGCAAAGAUCUCCGCUCAAACGGAUUCCAUAGGGUCGUUUUAAACUUGCAGUGAGGUGAGAGCUUAUUGCUACGUGUUGAAGGCCUCACAGUGACUUCGAGAUGAAGAACAACACUAAACGCGGUUUUCCUUUGCUUUUUGUGUGUUGUUUUGCAGUUCAUGUAUUGAUUUGUGUCAUGGCUUUUUUACUUUGUCUGUGGACACACGUGAAAGGUAAGACCUACGUUUCGUUUAGUCUUUGAAGAUAGAUUAAUAUGAAAAUAAGAAGAUAUGGUAUGAUUGCUAAUGAGACAACUCUCCACAUAAGAGACAGAUGACAUAGAAGUAAACAACUAUAGGUCACCGUAAGCAUGCAUAUUUGUUCAAAGGGCCAUCACGUUAAUUGUUUUCUUAAGACUGUGUCAUAUUAACCAAUUCAGUUAGAGCAUCCAAUUGAAGGUCUUUUUAUAAAUAAGUAAUGUUAACUUAUGAAAUGUCAAUAUUGCAUAAAACAUUAAUAUAUUUCAAGUAUCUAAUGACUUGCUUUCAUUACAAUGUAACCCAUUAUAUAUUUUUAUUAAAAUUCAUUCAUAAAUUAUUUUACAAAUCA